AUGCUUGGGGGGCAGUUCCGACUGCUUGUAGUCGCUAUUCUAUUAGCGACUACACUUGCAGCCAAACGGAAACAUCGACAAACCUACCAAGAUAUCGAUGAAGAUGGUGCAAACGAUGUACAAAUCACCAUCUAUCCCACUGAAGCUAGCGUCCGCGAUGGACGUGAUGUAACUUUCGACUGCAGAGCUCGUACUGCUGAUAAUUCUGUUUAUCCAUCUGUCAGAUGGACUCGUCUCGGAGAUUCUUUACCUCCUCAUGCUCAUGAAUCUGGUGGUCGUUUGACUAUCAAUCCAGUUUCUUUGGCUGAUUCUGGUCGUUACGUCUGUACCGCUACCCAUAAUGGGCAAACCAUUGAGGCUCAUGCUUCUCUUAACGUCCAAUCAUAUGGACCACAAGACCUUCAAGGAGUUCUCCCAACCAACAACGGUGCUUGUAUGGCUGAUGAGAAGGCUUGCGGAAACAACGAAUGUGUCAAGGCUGAAUAUGUUUGUGAUGGAGAGCCAGAUUGCCGUGAUCGCUCCGAUGAAGCCAACUGCCCUGCUCUUCGUUCCUGUGAACCAAAUGAAUUCAAGUGUGCCAACCAACGUUGUGUACAAAAGAUGUGGUUAUGCGACGGAGAUGAUGAUUGUGGAGAUGGUUCUGAUGAAUUGAACUGCGGAGGACAACAACCCGGAGAAAUGUGCAAGGCUACUGAAUUCCAAUGUGCCGAUCGUCGUCAAUGUGUUCCCACAUCUUUCCACUGUGAUGGAACCAAUGACUGUCGCGAUGGAAGUGACGAAGUCGGAUGUGUUCAACCAACUGUUGUUGAGCCACCUGAGACUAACAAGCAAGUCCCAAUGGGUGAUACCUUCCGUUUGACUUGUAAGGCUGUUGGAGUUCCAGAGCCUUACAUCAAUUGGCGUUUGAACUGGGGACCAGUUUGCGAACCACCACGUUGUCUUCAAUCUUCUGAAGGAGGAUACGGUACCCUCACAGUGAACAACGCUCAGCCUGCUGAUCAAGGAGCUUAUACUUGUGAAGCUAUCAAUGUUAAGGGACGUGUUCUCGCUACCCCUGACUGUAUCGUUAGAAUUGUUAACAAUCCAAACCCAACUCUUCCACCACGACCACCACCAGCUCCUAUCUGUGAUACCAGAGGAGCUGUUUCACCUUACCCAGACCAAAGUGGACGUUGCGAAUGCAAACCAUUGGUUUCUGGACCCAACUGCGAUGAAUGCCGUCCAGGAUCUUUCCAUUUGUCUGAGAAAUCUCCACAAGGAUGUUUGAAAUGCUUCUGCUUCGGAGUUACUGAUCAAUGCAGAUCUAGCAACUUCUACAGAACCAAGGAUCGCCUCAUGUUCGCUGGUGAACCCGAGGGUGUUACCAUUUCUGACAUGGAAGAACGACAAGUUGAUCACCAAUCCAACUUCGAAUACCACAAGCAUGGUUAUUUGACUCUUGGAGGACAACCAGAAGGAACUAAAUAUUGGCGUCUGCCUCAACGUUUCCUCGGAGAUAAGGUUACUGCUUAUGGUGGCAAGAUGGAGUUUGAAGUAGAAUACGGCGGCAGCGGAUCAUUGAACCGUGAACCAAUGGUUGUACUCAAGGGAAAUCAAAAUAUCCUUGUUCACCGCGUUAGAAAUCAAGAAGAUGUACUCCGUAGCGAUAGCCCAGUCAGAAUUACUGUUGAAACUUAUGAGACCAGCUACGAGCAACUCAAUGGAGCUCCAGCUACUCGUGAAGAUUUACUCAUGGUUCUCGCUGAUUUGGAUGCUUUCCUCAUCCGUGCUAGCCACUGUGAUACUCAACAUUCUUCCAGCCUGGGAGAUGUCUCAUGGGAAAUCGCUGUAGAUCGCCCAACCGAAGACGGACAUGCUCUUGAAGUCGAGCAGUGUACUUGCCCACCUGGAUACAUUGGAACAUCUUGUGAAGAUUGCGCUCCCGGAUACGAGAGAUCAGGACAUGGUCCAUAUUUGGGAACAUGCGUUCCAAUGCAACAACGUCAAGCCCAAUGUACUGGAGUCGGAGCCUCUUCUCCUGUUGCUAACUAUGGUGGACGUUGUCAAUGUAAGACUUAUGCUCAAGGACCUAACUGUGACCAGUGUGCUGCAAACAGCUUCUACAUGGCUCCAUCCAAUCCACAAGGAUGUAUUCCUUGCUUCUGUUCUGGAGUUACCCAGCAAUGUCAAUCUUCUUCGUUCUCUAGAACCAACGUUGAAGUCGACUACAGACGCGGAGACAGAGAUCAACUUUCUCUAUCUACUUCUGACUCUCGUUCUCCCUUCUCUCCUCAAACUCCAGGAUAUGUUUCGGGCUCUGCUAUCGAAUUCAGCUCCUUCCAUGAGGCUAACGGACAGACCUUAUACUGGAAAAUGCCUGAGAAAUUCCUCGGAAACAAAGUCACCGCUUACGGAGGAACUCUCAAGUUCACUUUCAGAUACUCUGGAGAAGGAAACACUAACCGUGAUCCUCAUAUCAUCCUCAGAGGAAAUGAUAUUAGCCUCCAAUAUACUCAUCGCGAACCUACCCAUGCAGAUCGUGAUAACACCAUCGAAAUCAAGGUGUUCGAAGAUAAAUGGCAACGCGUUGACGGUCAACAAGCCACCCGUGAACAUCUCCUUAUGGCUCUUGCUGAUCUGGAUACUCUCCUCAUUAAGGCCACAUACAUUGAUGAUUGCUCACAAUCUUCCCUGAUCCACGUUUCUCUCGAAUUCGCCGAGCCUUACGGUCGUGGAGGACAAACUGCCCUUGAAGUUGAGCAGUGUCAAUGUCCACCAGGAUAUGUAGGAACAUCUUGUGAAGACUGUGCUCCUGGAUAUUCCAGAACCGGAGGUGGAUUAUACCUCGGUCUCUGUGAGAAAUGUGAAUGCCACGGACAUGCCAGUACUUGCGAUAAGGAAUAUGGAUUCUGCGUCGAUUGUCAACACAAUACUGAAGGAGAUCAAUGCGAACGUUGCAAGCCUGGAUUCGUUGGAGAUGCCCGUCGUGGAACUCCUCAUGAUUGCCAACCCGCCGCAACUCGCCCACCAUGCCAAUGCAAUAAUCACUCUCCAAGAGGAUGUGACUCCUUUGGAAGAUGCUUGCUCUGCGAACACAACACUGAGGGAACUCAUUGUGAACGUUGUAAGAAGGGAUUCUAUGGAGAUGCCACUAAGGGUACUCCAUAUGACUGCACUCCAUGUCCAUGCCCGGGUACUUCUGAUUGUUUCCUCGAUCAACAAGGACAAGUUGCCUGCCGUAACUGCCCAGCUGGACUUUCUGGAAGACUCUGUAACGAAUGUGCUCCAGGAUACACUAGAUCUAAUAAGGAAGCUGGUCGCAUUUGCGAACCAAUUGGAUCUGUCACCAACAAUGAUCGUACUUACGUUCCAUCUCCACCAGAAGCACUGCGAGUACGCAUUUUGGAUCCUAAACGCCAAGUAUUAGGAGUCGGGCAGAAAGCACAAUGGAUCUGUCAAAUUGUCGGCCACAUACCUGAAAACGUCCGCCUGGAAUGGACCCGAGUGGGAUACGCUUCUUUACCAUCUAAAGCUUACACAGACGAAGGAUAUCUCUCUUUGGAUGAUGUUCAACUUGAGGACGAAGGACAGUAUAGGUGUAUAGCCACCACUAUACACUCUUACGCAACAGAUGACGCUAUACUUACCAUUAGUCAAUCACCUAGUGGACGCCCUCCUCAGCCAGUGAUCGAUCCUCUCCACCAGACUGUUAUUGAAGGAGAUGCCGCUUCUUUCAGAUGCUGGGUUCCAGGAAUACCAGAUUGCCAGAUUACUUUCCAUAAGGAACACAUCGGAGGACCUUUACCUCAUGGAGUUUACCAGACCGGAAAUGCCUUGAAAAUCCCAAGAGCUAUGCUUAAGGACGCUGGUAACUACAUUUGUACUGCUAUCAAUCAUUACGGAAUUGGUCAAUCACCAAACGCCAGAUUGGAAGUUAUUAGACCUACCCAAAAGCCUAAAGUUGAUCCAAUCGAACAAACUGUUAAUGAGGGAGAGCCAGCUAGAUUCCGUUGUUGGGUUCCUGGAAAUAGCGAUGUUGAACUUAAGUGGACUAGAGUAGGACACCAACCCCUACCACACGGAGUUCAAGAACAGCAAGGAAUUCUUCAUAUUCCAAGCACCAGCCAAAACGAAGUUGGUCAAUACAUCUGUACAGCCACUGACCCUAGAGAUGGAAAGCCACAGGAUUCUGACCCUGUCACAUUGAACUUACGCAAACCAGAUGCUCCUCCUCAACUACCUCAAGUUGAUCCCCCUGAGCAGACUGUCAAUGAAGGAGAUCCAGCUCAAUAUCGCUGCUGGGUUCCAGGAAACCCUCAUGCUCAGCUCCGCUGGACUAAGGAAAACGGAGAAGCUCUGCCUGAAGGAACUUUGGAGCGUGAUGGAUAUUUGAGAUUGAACAAUGUUAAAAUGAGUGAUGCUGGACGUUACAUCUGUACUGCCACCGAUCCCAGAACUGGAGCUCCAAGCCAAGCUCCACCAGCUACUCUUAAUGUCAAGAAGGGAGCUCCUAUUGUACCACAGGUUGACCCACAAGAACAAACUGUUGAUGAAGGAGAACCAGCUCACGUUAGAUGUUGGGUCCCUGGAAAUCCAGAUGUUCAAGUUAGAUGGUCUAAGGAGCGACGUCAACCACUUCAACAAGGUGCAUCCGAACGCGAUGGUACACUCACUAUCAGCCGCACCAUGAAGGCAGAUGAAGGAAAUUACGUUUGUACUGCUAUUGAUCCUAAUACUCGUCAACCAGUUGAGGCUCCACCAGCCCGAAUUAAUGUCAGAGGACCAAUCAAACCACUUGUUGAUCCCUCUGAGCAAAGCAUUCCUGAAGGAUCACCUUUCCGUAUCCGUUGUUGGGUCCCAGGUCGUUCCGAUCUUGAACUUACUUGGCGUAAAACAGAAGGAACUGUCAACGAUCUCGCCGACGAGCGCCAGGGACAUCUUUCUGUCCACAAUGCUGAGAUCACUGACGCUGGAGAUUACAUUUGUUCCGUUAAUGACCCAACAACUGGAGAACCAGUUGAUUCUGAACCUGCCACUGUUCACGUUACGCCUGUACUGAAGUCACCAGUGGUUACUAUGAGCGACGAAGGACCACAAAUUUCACCACCUCACCAAAAAGUCCCAACCGGAGAUGAUGUUACCAUCAAAUGCUGGGUCGAAGGAAACCCAACUGCUAAGCUCAGCUUCAAGCGAGUUGAUGGAACACCUCUUCCAUUUGGCUCCUCUGAGCACGACGGAGUUCUCUCGAUUCCAAAUGCUCAGCCCGCUGAUGAGGGAGAUUACAUUUGUCUCUAUCACCCAGCUUCCGGCGGAUCUCCAAAGGAAACUCCUAUCAGCCGACUUGAUGUUGAAUCUACCGGACAACCUCCUCGCCCUGUUGCCACGCCACCUCUGCAAACGGUUCGUCGUGGAACUCCGGCUCGUUUUGUUUGUGUUGCUCACUCAUCUACGCCAGCACGUGUUGCUUGGACAUUUGGAGACGAGACCACACCAUUGCCUAACGGAGUUCGUCAAGAUGGAAACGAUAUAGUUUUUGACGCUACAUCUGACGAGCACGUUGGUUCUUAUGUGUGCUCGGCUACAAAUGAAUUUGGACGUGGCGUAGCUGAACCUGUUAAAUUAGAAGUUACAGAUGAUGAACAACCACCAACUGCUCGUGUCGAGCCACGCACCUGGAACGGAAGACCUGGAGAUCGUCAUCAAUUCAAAUGUAUCGUUACUGGAGUACCAACACCUAAGGUUGUCUGGACCGGACCAAACGGCUCUCCACUCCCACACGAUGUUACUCCAUUAGAGGGCAACAUUCUUGACUUUGCCCACGGUCGUACAGAGCUCAAUGGAGAUUAUACCUGUACUGCAACAAACCCUGUUGGAGUGGCAUCCGAUCACGGAGUUGUCAACAUCGGACCUUCUUUGACUGUGAAAACCACUCCUGCUGGACCAAGACUUGUUCUCACCGUUGGUGAACCACUUCUUGUUAAGUGUGAAGCCUUUGGCGAGCCUGACCCAGAAGUUGAAUGGCUUCAUGAUCCAGGACCAGAGCGUGGAGACUUACCAGAUGAUUACAAGCCAGUUACUAUUUCUGAACAAUUCAUCCGCCAUCCAGCCAUCGGACUUGGAAACGCUGGUCUCUACACUUGCAAGGGAUCCAACAGCCACGCUACUGCAACCAAGGAUAUCUACAUCGAAGUUGUUGAGCCAUCUCGUGUCGCUACUGUCUCUAUUUUGGGAGGAUCAACACAAUGGUUCGAACAAGGCGAGCCUUCCGAACUCAUUUGCACAGCUACUGGAUCAUCUCUUGUGGAUCGUCUGGAAUGGGUUAAGGUCGAAGACCAACUCCCAACCGAUGUUGAAGAGCACAAUGAACCUGGCCUUUUACACUUCCCUAACUUCAAAAACUCUUAUGCCGGAGAAUAUGAAUGCCGUGGUUAUCGUCACGAUGAGUUGAUCGCUACUGCUUCAGUUACUGUCCACUCGGCCUCCUCAGGCUUAGAUGAUGCUAAAGUAGAAGUUGAUCCUCCACGCGUUCGUGUGAUCAGUCAAGGAGACUCUAUCGUUCUCCGUUGUUCCGUCGAAGGAGCCAAGAAUGGCGAAAACUUCGAAUGGGCUCUUUUACGAGGAGGAAAUAUUGUCCGCAAACUUGGAACAGAAGCCACUUUGACCAUCAACAAGGCUGAUCCUACUAACGAUUUCGGAGUAUACAGAUGCAACGUUGAAGAUGAUAACGGAAUGGUUAUCGGAAGCGCGUACACUGCUGUGACCGUUGGAUUCGAUAACAAACAGCAUGCUCAAGUCAUGAAGUUCGACGAACACUCUGAUGCUUCUUUCGUUUGCCCAGUCUAUUCCGUCCCAGGAUCAAGGGUUGAAUGGAGCCGUGACGAUGGAGAUCUUCCAGCUAAUGCUCAACCUAACGGAAACAAACUUGAGAUUAAGGACUUCGAUGAUAAGUCAUCUGGUCUCUACGUUUGCUCUGUUCACAUCAACGACCGCGUCGUUGAAGGAUUUGUUCACGCUCAAAUCUUUGUUCCUGAUACCAUCAUUCAAGUUCUUCUCGAAGUUUCUUCUGAGAAUAUUAAUGUUGGAGAGAGAGCUUGGUUUGACUGCAAGGUAACCGGUGAUCCUUCAGCCGCUAUUAGCUGGUUCAAGGACGGAGCUGAUGAACUUCCAAGUAAUGCUCAGGUUACUGGUGGUCGCCUUCUCUUCACUGAUAUCACAGAAGAUAAUGCCGGAACUUACCGCUGUAUGGCCAAGACCAAGGCAGGACCAUUGGAAACACGCACAGUCCUGAACGUCGGAGCCGCAAAACGCAAGCGAAAGCAUGCCCGUCGUGGACGUUACGCCCGGCACCAACGGCGCCACGCUGCUCCUAAGUCUUUGCUCCAUGAGCAACAACAGCAACAGCAGCGUUCGCUGUUUGGAUCCUGGUUCUCCACCCAUAACUAA